AGCGUUCUCUGCCGCUGUCGCCAGGCGUUCUUUGCCGAGGUCGCCAUGGUGUCGGGCGUUCAGCUCCCGCCCGAGAUCCAGCUCGCACAGCGACUGGCGGGCAACGAGAAGGUGACCCGGGACCGGGCGGUGAGGAAGCUCCGGAAAUACAUCACGGCCCGGACUCAGCGGGACGCAGGGAAGCACAAGGCUGGCGGGUUUGAACUCGUUGGUGCAGAAGACCUGGCUGGCCCGAUUCCCUCCCAGGCAGUGGCCCUCCAGCGCAGCCACCACCCCUCGCUCAGUAAAGGCUGCUGCCCUGAAUGUGGACCAGGUUUCAGUGGAGCUUUCAGACUGAGAAAGACCUGGAAUCCUAAUGAUAAUAAGCCGGUGAUCCCCACGCAGUGGAUCCCAACGGACCAAUCCACAGCCCAGCAUGGGAUGGCAGGGGCACCCGGGGGUUUCACGCACGACGAGCUGCUGAAGGUGUGGAAAGGUCUGUUCUACUGCAUGUGGAUGCAGGACAAGCCGCUCCUCCAGGAGGAAUUGGGAAGGACCAUCGCCCAGCUUAUCCAUGCCUUUCAGAACGCCGAGGCACAGCACCUGUUCAUCCAGACGUUUUGGCAGACCAUGAACCGGGAGUGGAUUGGGAUCGACAGGCUGCGCCUGGACAAGUACUAUCUGCUCAUGCGGAUGGUCCUGAACGAGUCCCUGAGGGCCCUGCAGAUGCGUGAUUGGGAGGAAAGUCACAGUGCCCAGCUAUUGAAGCUGCUGAUGACCGAGAUCCUGCACCCGGACAGCCAGGCCCCCCAUGGGGUGAAGAACCACUUCACCGAGAUAUUCCUGGAGGAGUUGGCCAAAGUGGGCGCAAAGCAGCUGACUGCGGACCAGAACCUCAAGUUCAUCGACCCCUUCUGCAAAAUUGCUGCCCGGACCAAGAACACCCGCGAUUUACACAGCAUCACUCGGGGGAUCUUUGAGACCAUUGUGGAGCAGGCCCCGUUUGCCAUUGAAGAGCUAAUGAACGAGCUGGACGAGCAAGAAGGGGAGCCGGAGGUGGCCGAGCUGUCGGAUGAUGGUGGCUUGUUGGAGGAGAGUGACUUGGAGGAGGAGGAGGAGGCAGGUGUGCCGACUAGGAAACUGACUGAAGUUCAGCGGAGAGGAUCCCUGCAGAAGUCUGAGGAGGGCGAGGACGAGGACGGUGCUGGCUCUGUGCUGCAGUUUGACUAUGAGGCGGUUGCUAACAGACUCUUCGAAAUGGCCAGUCGCCAGAAAACCCCUUCUCUGAACAGGAAGCGUCUCUACAAAGUGGUCCGCAAGCUGCAGGCCCUCUCUGCAGGCAUCUUCCCUGAGGAUGACGUCCCUGAGAAGGUCUAUGCCUACCGGCAUGAAGGGAGACUGGAGAGGCAGAGGAAGAAGCGCUUGCUGAAAUCGCAGGUGAAGAAGAAAGGGAAGGGCGGGAAAGAGGAGAGUCCCGCUCCGGGCUCCAGAACUGAGAGGAGGAAGACGCGGAGGAGGGGCCGGAGGAGUAACCCUGACGUGCAGCCUGAGGGAGCCCCUGGGGGUCAGCGAGCUCGCAGCAGGAAGAGGGGGAAGCCCAGUGCCAGGACCACAGAGGCGGCCAGCGUUGUUUCCCCGGAACCAAAGAAGAAGAAGCAACGGGUGCAUGAGAGCCAGGAGUGACGCCUGCCUGACAGGCUCCAGGCUGAGUGCACUGAGCCCCAGGUGGUACUUGAACUUACUGGGACAGGAAGGGUCGGGCCCAGAGGGAUUGCAGCCGCAUAGGGGCCCGCCCAUGCCUUGGAAACCCUUGCUUUCCCUGAUAGAGCCACAGGCCACAGACUGAAGUUCUCUGUAGGGAACGGUUAUGUGCCAGGGGGGUGGGGUACUCACACAAUGAAGUGACACGCAGCUCUCGGUAGUGAAGGUGAGUUCUGGCGUGUGUGGAGAAGGCUCUGGGGAGGGUGAGGACGGGGGCCGGCUCCUGAGCAGGCUUAGGUAAUGCCUUACCCAUGGUUUUGUGGAAAUAAGUAUGCUUCUGUGGUGGCCUAGUGGUUAUGCUUGGGGGCCAAUUCACUAGGUCUGCAGUUCAAAACUAGCAGCUGCUCCACAGGAGGAAGACAGGACUUUCUACUCCCAUAAAGCGCUGGAGUCUUGGAAAGUACCCUGGCCUAGAGGGCUGCUGUGAAUGAGUUUGGUUUUGGAGUUUCUGUGUCUAAAAACCAUCAGGAAGAGUCCCCAGGCUUGGACGGUUACCUGGGCAGGGCCGUGCUCGCUUUCUGCUUCGUGAGCUUGUGUUUACAUUUUUGUUUUUUAAUAAAAAUUUACUUUUUCA